AUGCCGGAGCAGCUGAACAUCAACCGCAAGAUUACUGAAAAGAUACUCAUCACCAACAUCCUCGCUGCCGCGGCCUACGACAUGAGGGUGAAGAACCUCGGCAAGACGAACUACUCCUCUUCCGGCGGAGGGAACCUGGACUGGAACGCGAACGACUGCCACGCCCUUCACAGCCCUGAUUGGGGUAUGGAGCUUAUUGACUACGACGCCAAGUGCAAGGGGAUGGGAGUCUUGUCUGUCCGCGUCGAGUGCGAGUGA